AUGGGGGAAGAUAGAAGAGGAAAAGUGAUUUUAAUUAUCCAGGCUAGAAUUCGAGAUCGGAUCCGAGCCGGGCCAAAGGCUCUUCCCUCCAAACCAUCCCACCGGACUUACACAUUCCAGUUGCCCCACCUAAACCCUAACACUAAUUCUAAUCCUUCUACUUCUUGCUCUCCAGCAAACCAGCCACGGCAGGAGAUCACUCGAGCCUGGCUUUCCUCCCUGCCGAAGAACCACAAACCCACGGUCGGCGACAUCGACGCCUGGAUCGAUUCGAACCAGAGUGCUCUACCUCUACCGGAGGAUUUCAGAUCACUCCCCUGCCCCGACCUCCACCAGUGGCUCCUGUCCUUCCACAACCCCGUCCCGAGUCCCACCCAGGUGGAAGAGAGCGGCCAGGUGGAGUUUCCCUACCGAUUCCAGCGCACGGACCUUUGGAAGCCCGGGUACAAGUGGUUGGAAUCGCUGGAUAAGGAUGUAAUCGUCCGUGGUAGAGAGAUCUCGGAGUCGGAGUUGCUCUCGGCGAACCCGGCGGUCAUGGAGAGGUUGUUCUUGAAGCAUUAUAAUGCACUACAUUCAGAAUUGCACUUGAAGGUGCUGAAGAAGAGGGCCAAAUCACCAAAGGUGACAUGUGUUUCAUUUAGUGGUUGCCGUAUCAUUUUUCUGCCUCUAGUACAUCAAAUCACACCUUGGUAUGGGAUGCAAAGUUCCUCCUACCGUUCUCCGAACUGUCCUGAGCUAGAUGGUUCAAGCUGUGUCGAACCGUACUGGCGGAAAACUGGUCCGGUUCCAGCGUACAAAACAGCAAAGUGGCCAUCUCGGAGGGAGGGAGAAGAAAGAGAGGAAGAGAGAGAAAGGAGAGGGGGGAAAGAAGGAGAGGGAGAGGAAGAAAGGACUUCCGGCGGCCGUCAGAGGCUAUUUGAGCUCUGAUACUAUAUUGGUGCAGUGCUAUAUCGAGCCCUGAUACUAUACCAUUACCUUAUUGAUAUGGUAUAGUAUGCCUCGUACCAGGCUUUAUGGCUUGGUACAGUAAACCUCGAUUAUCAUUGAGUGAUCUUUAAUGUACAGCACUUUCAGUAGCAACAGAAUAAUGGGCAACACAGUGCUGUAUUGUUGGAUGUCUUCUUCUGGAAUGCCUAACAAAUAUGACAUGGGCAUGCACAAUGACAAUCAGUCAUGUUGAUGAGGGUGAUCAAGGUGUAAAUGAUGCUUGGUGGCUUCAUAAGGAGCCUGUAUUGGUUACUUUGAGGGGUGAUGGGAGGUUGCUGUGUCUCCAAAUGAUGAAUACUUAUGCGCAAGGGGAGAUGAUCAAAAAGUUGUAAAUUAUCCAAGUUGCCUUUGAUAAAUAUCUAAAUCUCUACUAGGUUUUGUAUCAAAAUAACAAUGGAAAUGCACAAAAAUGGCGCCUAUCUCACCCACUAACUGGGAAUGAUUAGCAUCUUUCAGCAUGUGGCAGAUUCUGAGUUCCACGGUGGGAAAUGAGUUCGGGGAUGCUUAUGGUAUGGUUUUAAAUUCUUUGGAAUGGAGCUGUUCUGAUUUUUUCAUGUAAUGGGAUGCGCUGCGGUCCUCUCUCAUCCCGACAUUUGGGAUAGAAGAUGUUUCAAUACGUCCCGAUUGGGAUGCUGGGAUGAUAGCGGGAUAGUUCUGUUUUGAUACAUGGGAUGGUGUCUUGUCCUAAUAUGCCACUGGAUGUCUCACCAAGAUUUGAAUCCUUGAUGGUAUGUACAGCAAUGGUCAUUACAGAAUGUUGGGCUGCAAUUUAGUCAUUCACUCAUGCAAUCAGUAAUUUUUGGGAAACUGCCUGAGGCCUGGGAUGUAGAGAUAUGAAGUCAUAACUGUUGUAGUAACAUGCAGGAUUCUCUCUUACAAGCAUCUUUUUUUUCCAAACAACAAUUUUUAUUUUUACUUUUCCUUCUCUACUGAUAUGGUCUUGUGAUGAAGCAAGACAAUUUUCCUAGUUAAGAAAAAUCAUGGAGAUGAUGGGCCUGAAAAUGUGGCAGAGAUUUCUGAUGCUGUCUCUGUUCUAAAAGUACGGGCAUGGUUGUGCUUAACCAACAUGCUCUCCACCUGUUUCUUCCUUCCCAUUUUGUUGUAAUUUGGUCCUCGUGUUGCAGAAUUAAGUUUUGAUCUUAGAUGCUGGUUCAUGGUAGACAGCCUCCUGUGUGAAGGGGAAUAACUGCUGAAACUGCUAUUUAAGCUCCUGUUUGGAAGAUGACUGGCGCUUGAGUUUGGCCUUGAGCUAAAGCUGUCCUGCUUUGCUGCAACCUGAGCUUGUACUUUCUUUCUCUCCUGUAGAAAAAUGAUAUUAUUUGCAAGUAAUAUUGUGAAAGUGGUAUUCA